CGGCGUAUAGAAUCUAUAAGAAGCUCCCCCCUUUUUUUUAUUCUCGCGGGCAGCGCGCUAAGCUUUCAGCGGUGAUUGCGGGCGCGGGCUUUUCAGUCUGACAGUUGUUUUGCUUUUAUUAUUUUUUUUCCUUUCUUUUUGUGGUGUUACUACUACUGUCAGUUGUGAGCUUGGAAGUCUAUCAGCCCCUCGAUUUAAACGUGAAAUGCCGGCCAAGACCUCCGUGUCUCUUCCCGAGGACAUCAGAAAGCGGCUUCAAGCUUUGGAGAAAAAUGGCAAAGGACUUUCGGAAAAGGACUGUAUAAAAGAAAAGCUGAGUUUGGUGCUUGGCUUCUUGCAAGCAGAUGCCCAAAAUCAGCUGACUGAUCUGGAGACAAAGCUACAGAAUGAGGAACUUUCUGAGGAGGGUUACAUUUCCAAAGUAAAAGUGCUGCUUGGUAAAGUUUGUUCAGUGGAGAACGGGGCGAUGAAUGGCUGCUUGGAGAAUGGUGCCCAUGCCAGUGAUGAAGAUUCUGCAGAGGGUGGAAAGCCAGAGGAAGGAGUCAUGGAAGUUGAAGAGGAGGAGACGGCCCAAAUAAAGUCCCCAAGUGGUCGCAAGUCUCAAACUGGCAGGAAAAGCCGGGCUAAUGGGGAUGUCAAAAAGUCUCCCGCCAGUAGAGUCACAAGGAACUCUGGCAAACAGCAAACAAUCCUCUCCAUGUUUUCCAAAGCCUCUUCUAAACGCAAAUCUGAGGAGGUAAUUCCUGAUGAUGAGCCAGCAGUAAAGACCGAAAAUGAGGAUAACAUGAAAGAGCAGGUGCAAGAUGAAAAGAGAUCAAAGCUGGAGUCUAAUGAUAAGCCUGACACUAAAGAAUCCCAAGUACAAAAAACAGUUCAUCCUGCAAAGACCCCACCACCUAAAUGUCAAGAGUGCAGACAGUACUUGGAUGACUCUGAUCUAAAGUACUUUCAAGGAGAUCCUGAAGAUGCCCUUGAUGAACCUGAAAUGCUGACGGAUGAGCGUCUUUCUAUUUUUGAUGCUAAUGAAGCUGGCUUUGAGAGUUACGAUGACCUGCCACAGCACAAAAUAACAAACUUUAGUGUCUAUGAUAAGAAGGGCCAUCUCUGUCCCUUUGAUUCUGGGCUCAUUGAGAAAAACGUCGAGCUGUAUUUCAGCUGUGUUGUGAAGCCAAUCUAUGAUGAUAACCCAUGCUUGGAUGGUGGUAUUCCAGCCAAAAAGCUUGGCCCCAUCAAUGCAUGGUGGAUCACUGGUUUUGAUGGUGGAGAAAAAGCCUUGAUUGGCUUUACAACAGCUUUUGCUGACUAUAUCCUUAUGGACCCCAGUGAGGAAUAUGCACCGAUCUUUGCUCUUAUGCAGGAGAAAAUUUACAUGAGUAAAAUAGUUGUGGAGUUUCUGCAAAAGAAUGUGGAUGCAACUUAUGAGGAUCUACUCAACAAAAUAGAGACAACUGUGCCCCCUGCUGGUUUAAAUUUCAACAGAUUUACAGAAGACACUCUCCUGCGUCAUGCUCAGUUUGUGGUGGAGCAAGUAGAGAGUUAUGAUGAGGCCGGAGACUCGGAUGAGCAACCUAUCAUUGUCACCCCCUGUAUGAGAGACCUGAUCAAAUUAGCUGGUGUAACUCUUGGCAAAAGCAUGUUACUAUACUGGCGAGCUGCUAGAAGACAGGCCAUUCGUCACCCAACCAAAAUCGAAAAGGAUAAGGGUCCAACCAAAGCCACUACCACCAAGCUGGUAUACCAGAUCUUUGAUACCUUCUUCUCUGACCAGAUUGACCAGAAUGACAAAGAGAACACUGUUAAGCGCAGACGAUGUGGGGUUUGUGAGGUUUGCCAGGCUCCUGACUGUGGAAAGUGCAAUGCAUGCAAGGAUAUGAUCAAGUUUGGAGGAAGUGGUCGAAGCAAGCAAGCCUGCUUAAAGAGAAGGUGUCCAAACCUGGCAGUGAAAGAAGCGGAGGAGGAUGAGAAUAUUGAAGAGGAGGAUGUUCUUCCAGUCAAGAGCACUUCAAAGAUGCUAAUGCAGGCCAAAAAGAAGAAACAAAGCAAGAGCAAAAUAACAUGGAUUGGUAAACCCGUGGAGACUAUAGGCAAGAAAGAUUACUACAUGAAAGCUUGCAUUGAAGAUGAAAUUGUUGAGGUUGGUGAUUGUGUAUCAGUCAGCCCAGAUGAUCCCUCAAAUCCUCUGUAUUUGGCCAGGAUUACAGCCUUGUGGGAAGAUGACAAUGGAAAGAUGUUUCAUGCACAUUGGUUUUGCCGGGGCACUGACACUGUGUUAGGAGAGUCCUCUGAUCCCCUUGAGCUGUUCCUAGUGGAUGACUGUGAAGACAUGCAGCUGUCAUACGUUUAUGGAAAAGUCAAUGUUGUGCAUAAAACUCCUUCAAAGAACUGGUUCAUGGAGGGAGGAACAGAUGAAGAUUUUAAAGUGGGUGAUGAUGGCAAGAGCUACUUUUACCAACUGUGGUAUGAGCCUGAUUACGCUCGGUUUGAGACGCCUCCCAGUGUUGUUCCUCUCGAUGACUGCAAGUACAGAUUUUGCUCCAGUUGUGUUCGUCAGGAAGAAGAUAAAGAACGCUGCACUCCCAAAGUAUUGGACCCUCUAGAGGAAAAUGAUGCUGCUAAGGCCUACUAUGCUUUGGCUUGCCUAAAUGGUCAACAGUACAGAGUUGGUGAUGGGGUUUACCUGUUGCCUGAUGCCUUUUCGUUUAGUGUCAAGUCAGGAAGCCCUGUGAAACGCCCUCAAAGGAAGGAAGAUGUGGAUGAAGAGCUUUAUCCAGAAUACUACAGGAAGUCUUCUGACUACAUUAAGGGUAGCAACCUGGAUGCUCCAGAACCUUUCCGUGUUGGUCGGAUCAAAGAGAUUUUCUGUUCAAAGAGGAGCAAUGGCAAAGCUAAUGAAUCGGACAUCAAGUUGAGAGUCUAUAAGUUAUACAGGCCUGAGAACACUCACAAAGGAGUAAAAUCCAGUUACCACACUGAUAUUAACAUGCUAUAUUGGAGCGAUGAAGAAGCCACUGUAGAUUUCAAGGAUGUUCAGGGACGCUGCUUUGUGGAAUAUGGGGAGGAUCUAACGGAGAGUGUGCAGGAGUACUCAAGCAGGGGGCUUGAUCGGUUUUACUUCCUUGAGGCAUAUAAUCCCAAGACCAAGAGCUUUGAAGACCCUCCAAACCAUGCACGUAGUGCAGUUGGAAAGGGCAAGGGCAAAGGGAAAGGAAAAGGGAAGGGGAAAGGAAAAUCCUCAGCAGCAAGUGAGCCAGAGUCCCAGGAGCCAAAAGUGCCCCCAUUGCGCUCUCUGGAUGUGUUUUCUGGAUGUGGGGGACUUUCCGAAGGAUUCCAUCAAGCAGGUAUUAGCAAAACAGAAUGGGCAAUUGAGAUGUGGGAUCCUGCUGCUCAGGCUUUCCGUCUGAAUAAUCCUGGCACUACCGUAUUCACGGAGGACUGCAAUGUGCUGCUCAAGCUGGUCAUGGCUGGCGAACAUUCCAACUCUCUAGGACAGAAGCUUCCUCAGAAAGGAGAUGUUGAGAUGCUGUGUGGCGGCCCUCCAUGCCAAGGUUUUAGCGGAAUGAACCGGUUCAAUUCUCGUACCUAUUCAAAGUUUAAAAACUCCCUAGUGGUGUCCUAUCUCAGUUACUGUGACUAUUAUAGGCCCAGGUUUUUCUUACUGGAAAACGUGAGGAACUUUGUGUCUUUUAAGCGUUCCAUGGUAUUAAAACUCACACUGAGGUGUCUUGUACGAAUGGGUUACCAGUGCACCUUUGGAGUGCUGCAGGCAGGGCAGUAUGGAGUAGCACAGACUCGUCGGCGAGCUAUUAUCCUGGCUGCUGCACCUGGAGAGAAACUUCCUCGGUAUCCAGAGCCUCUCCAUGUAUUCGCACCUCGUGCCUGCUCCCUUAGUGUUGCUGUGGAUGACAAAAAAUAUGUCAGUAAUGUCACAAGAUUAAACUCUGCUCCGUUUAGGACCAUUACAGUACGAGACACGAUGUCUGAUCUCCCAGAGAUCCGAAACGGAGCCUCUGCCCUGGAAAUUUCCUAUAAUGGAGAACCUCAGUCUUGGUUCCAGAGGCAGAUAAGGGGAUCCCAGUAUCAGCCAAUUUUGCGUGACCACAUCUGUAAGGAUAUGAGUGCCCUUGUUGCUGCUCGAAUGAGGCACAUUCCCUUGGCUCCAGGCUCUGACUGGCGUGACCUUCCAAAUAUUGAGGUUCGUCUGUCUGAUGGCACAACCACCAAGAAACUGCGCUACACACACCAGGACAAAAAGAAUGGCCGUAGCGGCACCGGGGCACUUAGAGGAGUCUGUGCUUGUGCUGGUGGGAAACCCUGUGAUCCAGCAGACCGGCAGUUCAACACAUUGAUCCCCUGGUGUUUGCCACACACUGGCAACCGGCACAACCACUGGGCGGGUCUUUAUGGCAGACUGGAAUGGGAUGGCUUCUUCAGCACAACAGUCACUAACCCUGAGCCUAUGGGCAAGCAGGGCAGAGUUCUGCAUCCAGAGCAGCACAGAGUUGUGAGUGUGAGAGAGUGUUCCCGAUCUCAGGGAUUCCCAGACACCUAUAGGUUCUUUGGCAACAUCCUUGACAAACACAGACAGGUUGGGAAUGCUGUUCCCCCUCCUCUUGCUAAAGCGAUUGGUCAGGAAAUCAAACAGUGCCUGCUGGAAAAGAUGAAAGAGGAGCAGACGGAGACUCUGAAACAGGAAAAGAUGGAGACCACAGACUGAUUUGACCCUGCUGCCCACCUCUACCUUAGGGCACUUCGCACAGCACUAAAGCCCUCUGAUGGACCGAGAUCUUUAAUGACUAUCGUUCAUGAAAUAUUGUGUGCAGUUUAUUUUUAAAAUUGCCAUUCACAACAUAUCAUUGUUCAGCCAUUUGAAAUUGGUCCCAUGUGUGCAGUGAUAACGUGACUCUUCAUGUGAUUUUAAAUUGACUUGUAUUUGAGCAGCUCCAUUUUAUGUAAAUGGAAAGUUCUAUGUAGGUUUUUAUAUGUUGUAAUAUUUUAAGUAAAGCUCUUAUUAAAUGGUAUCCAUCUA